AUGUCGCGUAUUCGUGGCACUCGCGGCUACUUGGCACCGGAGUGGGUGAAGAAUGAGCCCAUCACUGCGAAGGCAGAUGUGUAUAGCUUUGGGAUGGUGCUGUUAGAGAUCGUCAGUGGCACCAGGAACUUUGAUUUCCGGCGAUCAUCGCUGCAAAGCGAGGACUGGUACUUCCCCUGCUGGGCGUUUGAGAAGGUGUACCAGCAGAAGAGAGUGGAGGACAUUUUGGACAGGCGGAUCAUGCAUUAUUAUGAUAGUCGGCAACACUUUGAUAUGGAAUUGCUGUUAAUCUCGAAUACUACACUGUUUUCGUCGGUGGAGCAAACUGCAGAUUAUGUUAACAGGAUAGCUAGUCUUUAUGAAAGGAUGACAGGAAGAUUGCUAAUCCUUGAUAGCAUGCAUCUUGGAAGCAACUUGUUGAGAGACUGCGUGCUGGUUUGGGAAGGCUUUCAUGCAGUGGCCUCUGGCUAUGCAAGGUGGGCCCCACCUAGAAAGCCUGUAAGCCAUGAUAGGCGGAAACCCUGGAAAGCCCAAAACAGCUCAGUGAAAGGAUCUCAACCAACAAAACAGCCCUCCCAAACAGGCCCCACAUCUCAGUAG